AUGUCAACCUCGUCAGAACGGGAGCUCUUGGCUAAUGUUGGACAAAUGGCUAUACUUGACUCGAUCGACUCCGACAUGAAAGAAACAGCCGUGGAAAGCAGCGAAGGACUCGCCAACAGUAACGGACCUCAAAUUCCACUCUUUCGACAAGACGGUCUGCCAAAUAAUGAAUUCGCACAUCCAGAUACGCCUAGAAGAAUAUCGGAGGAAAUCCAAAUUUUAAUCAGAGAGCAACAAAAAGUCUCCGGGAUGCGAGUCCAACUAUCCGAAAUGCGCUCCGAUCUCGAUAAGAGAAGAACCGCUCAAAUAUUCCAGUGGUCAGACAGUUUGCAAGGGAUAAAAUCGAUGCUGAGCAGUGUGCCAUUAGAACACACGAAUACGGAUGCUAUAAGAGUACAGCUACGCUCUCUUGAAACUAUCAAUCAGUAUUCCGACGACUACUUGCUGCGCGAAAACGAGUACCAGAGCUUUCAGCGUCAUCUAGAGGAGGAAGAAAACUCAUUACAGCAAAGACAAUCACAUGUGGCAGAAUUAUUGCAAAGCUUUUCCCUGAGAAGCCUUGCUGCUGAGCCACAUUUCAAGUUCAGUAGAAGCGGCUCCUAUCAACAAGCUCAGGAUAUGUGGGCAAUGACCGAAGACGAUUCGGAUACUGUAGGGGAGAUCCGGAUGUAUCAGGAACGGUUAGGCGAGCUUUCGCUUGAGUAUGCUGAGACAACCGGACGAGAAGCUUCAUUUGCGCUAGUAAACAUGUCCCUUGACGAGGGAUCCCAAUAUUUCCUGGACAACUACGAGUCACAACGUCUUGAAUUGGAGCAAAUGAUUUCAGAAAAGAUGGAUGCAGCGGCAUCAAUACGAGAACAGUGCGAGAAAGAAGGCCUACUUCUCGCCGAAAAUGUGCAAGAGCGAGUCGAAACAGAAUUAGAUAUGGAUAUCAGAGAAUCUCUUCCCCGGGAAAGAGACCUAUUAUGGCUCUCCGAGCUAGAUGAAAAUAACACUUUCUUCGAGCCGGCGGACUCCAAGGGUUUUAGCAUGUAUUAUUUCAUCAACAGGUGGAUAUUGCACCAGUUGAGACAUUCGACUUCCCAAAUUCUUCGAUACAAGUCGAAUCCACGUCUUCAAGAUCUGAAAAUGGAUGGAGAUGAUCUGAGCGAAUGGGCGAUGGAACUUUGGUUUCAGGAUGACGGGAGGUCGAAAAUGGUCUCCCUUUUACACACGCCAAUGGGCAGUAGGUUCGGACAUGUGACAUCUAGAAGACCAGAGGAUGAAAGUGCUAGUCACCCUUGUUUGUUUCAUCUCCCCAUCCCAAUACUAUCCCCCAACUGGUGUUUGCCAGCUAGCCCUCAGCUAGCAGCAGCCGUCAUCACAUCGCAUCACAUCAACAUCAACAUUCCCAGCCCACUCUGGUAUUUAGCUAACCUGUUAGCAAACUGGAGGGGGCAUCGACAUCUCUCAAAAAGGGUAACAGGUGAGAAGAAGAAGAAGAAGAAGAAGAAGAAGAAAAGAGAAUAA